CCUUCUCAUUCCCAGACCCACACCUGAUCUGCUCACUCAAAUUCCCAACUCUCUUGGUAUUGUCAUUUUAGUAUGUUUUGAUAUGAAGCAGUGUGAAGCCAAGAAUAAGAGAGGAGACAUCCUUCAAAGAAAGAUUAUCAGCCGCUUCCAACAUGUCCAUCUUCCUCGAAGCCUUGUCUCUCCUCCUACUACAACAGUUGGCUCUAACUUUUGGUAUUACAAAUUCAGGCUAUCACAACCCCCCUCACCUCUCUCUGAAUUCUGACAAGGCAGCAUUGCUGGAAUUCAAAAAGACCAUAACACUCGAUCCAAAUUCCACCCUUACAAACUGGAACGAGACUAAUGAAGUGUGCAAUUUCACAUGCGUGAGAUGUGACAAACACCAUCAUCGUGUAUCACAGCUCAUACUGAAAGACACUCACCUUGUAGGGCUGCUUUCACCCUUUAUUUCCAAUCUAACUGGCCUUCGCAUAUUAUUGAUCAAUGGCAAUCAUCUUUUCGGCAACAUUCCACCUGAAUUUUCCUCUCUUAGACAUCUCCGCUAUCUUCGACUUGUGGGGAACAAUCUGCAUGGUUCAAUCCCAGACUCCUUAGGCCAUCUUUCUAGACUCACUCUGCUUCAUAUCAUGUCAAACAAUGUAAGUGGUACACUCCCGCCUUUCCUCUUCUCCAACUGCUCUCAUUUGCUUAACAUAGAUUUGUCCGGAAACUCACUCUCAGGCAAAAUUCCGGGAAAUAUUGGAAAUUGUUCACAAUUGUGGAACCUUAAUUUGUACAAUAACCAAUUUACUGGACAACUUCCUCCCUCUUUAAUUACUUGCAACCUGUCCAACAUAGAUGUGGAGUAUAAUAAUAUUUCUGGUGAACUGCCUUCAGAGAUUGUAAGGAAACUGCCUAACCUCCAGUAUCUUCAUUUAUCAUAUAAUGAUAUGAUAAGUCAUGAUGGAAACACCAAUCUUGCUCCAUUUUUCAAUGCACUUGGAAACUGCACUCUUAUAUUGGAGGUUGAACUUGAUGGUAUGGACCUCGGGGAAAUGCCAAGCUCCAUUGGCAGUCUUGGUGUAGAACUACAAUAUCUUUCACUACAAGAAAACCAAAUAUUUGGAUCAAUUCCUCCAGAUAUAGGAAAUCUUUCGAGUCUUAUAGACCUGGACAUGACAUCCAAUCUUCUAAAUGGAACCAUAGCAGAAGAGGUCGAUCAGUUGUCAAGCUUGGAUCAGCUUGUGUUAUCGCAAAACAUGUUCACAGGUGCAAUUCCUUCAGCACUAGGCAGGGUUGCUCACCUUGGUUUGCUAGACUUGUCGCACAACAAAUUCUCUGGUGAAAUCCCUGCGAGUCUGGGAGAUUUAAUUGGAUUAUAUUCUCUAUUUUUGAACAACAACCUUCUCUCAGGUACUAUACCUCCAACUUUGGGACGGUGCACAGGUUUGUACAAGCUUGAUUUAUCGCAUAACAGAUUGACAGGGAGCAUCCCUCCUGAGCUGGCAGGUCUACGUGAUAUCAGAAUUUUUAUGAACCUUUCACAUAAUAAUCUCGAAGGGCCUUUGCCAAUCGAACUUAGCAAGCAGGAAAAUGUGCAAGAGAUGGAUCUUUCUUCGAAUAAAUUUACCGGAAAUAUCUUCCCUCAGAUUUCAAGUUGCAUUGCAUUGACGAAGAUAAAUUUCUCGGACAACUUUCUUGAAGGGCAGCUUCCAGAAUCCUUAGGGGAGGUUAGAUACCUCGAAUCCUUUGACGUUUCUGGAAACCGCUUAUCCGGAAAGAUUCCAAUAAGCCUCAGUAAAAUUUCCUCACUCGUCUAUCUAAAUCUUUCCUUUAACAACUUUAAAGGAACAAUCCCAACCGGUGGCGUCUUCGAUUCAAUAACAACGAUGUCGCUCUUGGAGAAUCACCGACUCUGCAGGAAUGUUACGAACAGACUUGCUGGAAUUCCGAUUUGCAAGACAAGCGGACCUUUGUUUCAUUCAACUGUGUUCUUGGUUAUUUUCGUCAUCGUGAUAUUUAUAUCAGUAUUCUUAUCCACAGUAUGUUGUGUGAUUGGUGUCCGGCGCAUUAGAGCCAUUAUUCACUCGCGGAAGAUUCAAACUGAUCGAAAACCAAGUACACCAGAAUUGAUCCUCAAUUUUCCAAGAGUUACCUAUAAAGAACUAUCAGAUGCAACCGAAGGAUUCGAUGAACAGAGACUUGUUGGGUCAGGUAGCUUUGGACGUGUCUACAGGGGAGUUCUUCCAGACGGAACUGCGAUUGCAGUCAAGGUGUUACACUUGCAGUCUGGAAACUCAACGAAGAGCUUUAGCAGAGAGUGCCAAGUGCUAAAGAGGAUCCGUCAUAGGAACCUGAUAAGGAUUAUAACAGCAUGCAGUCUACCUGAUUUUAAGGCUCUUGUUCUUCCUUACAUGGCAAAUGGCAGCUUGGAUAGCCGUCUUUACCCGCACUCGAACACAGGUUUGGGUUCAGGUUCUUCAGAUUUGAGCCUUCUUCAGAGAGUGAACAUUUGUAGCGAUAUAGCUGAAGGGAUGGCCUAUCUGCAUCAUCACUCCCCUAUCAGAGUCAUACACUGUGAUCUGAAACCAAGUAAUGUUCUUCUCAAUGAUGACAUGACAGCUCUAGUCUCUGAUUUUGGGAUCGCAAAGUUAGUCAUGACAGCUGGAGGGGGAAAUGGUGGAGCUGUUGAAAUGGGAAAUUCUACUGCAAACUUGUUGUGUGGAUCUAUUGGAUACAUUGCACCAGAGUACGGGUUUGGGUCAACUACAUCCACAAAAGGAGAUGUUUACAGUUUUGGCAUUCUGGUGCUUGAGAUGGUGACCAGAAGAAGACCGACGGAUGACAUGUUUGUUGGUGGGCUAAGCUUGCACCAAUGGGUGAAGAGUUACUUCCAUGGAAGGGUGGAAAGAGUGAUAGAUACUUCUUUGUUGAGAGCAUCAAAAGAUCAAUCCCACGAAGUGAAGAAAAUGUGGGAAGUUGCAAUUGGAGAGUUACUUGAGUUGGGUAUCCUUUGCACACAGGAGUCUCCUUCUACUAGGCCUACAAUGCUCGAUGCAGCCGAUGAUUUGGAUCGGCUCAAGAGAUACCUUGCUGGGGACACUACAGCAACCUUCACCUCUUCCCUUGGAAUUUCAUCUUCCACUCUAGGCGAUGACUAACAGUUACUCUCACAAUUGUACAUGCAUCAAAGUGUAAUUUACUUUUCUGAUCUAUUCUUCAGUUUCUA